AUGGGCCGUCCCGGGGUGGUGUUUCUCCUGGUGCUCUUCACCGUGUUGACCCACCAGGGGACCAGCCUGCCCUCCCGCAGCAGGAAGGCCGCGCCAGCCAGGCUGACAGAUGAGGAUGACCUGAAGACCCAGAUCAGUAAGCUGUGGCUGGAGGUGAACUCUCUGAAGGAGAUGCAGGCUCUGCAGACAGUCUGCCUCCGUGGGGUCAAGGCCCACAGGAAGUGCUACCUGGCCAUGGAGGAGCCGAAGCACUACCACGAGGCCAACGAGGACUGCAUCGCCCAGGGCGGCACGCUGGCCAUCCCCCGGGACCUCCAGGAGAACAGCGAGCUGAGGGACUACGCCCGCAGGACCGCGCCCGGCUGGCGGGAGUUCUGGAUCGGCGUGACGGACAUGGUGACGGAGGGCCAGUACGUGGACGUGAACAGCGCGCCCGUGAGCUUCUUCCACUGGGACCGCGCCAAGAAGCAGCCCACGGGCGGGAAGAGGGAGAGCUGCGUGGCGCUGUCGCUCACUGCACAGGGCCGCUGGCACGACCAGGUCUGCCGCGCGCUCAAGAAGUACGUCUGCGAGUACCUCAUCCCGUAA